CUCGUUGCAGUGCAGCCAUGUCGAACUCCAAGCCCCUCGUGAACCUGGACGCGCCCCGCUGGGACCAGAGCACGUACGCCGGCCGCGCCCAGCACUUCCUGGCCACCACGAACCCGCUCAACGUGCUGGCCAGCGACGCCGAGCUGGACGCCGCCAAUCAGCUCGUGGAGGAGUACAAGGCCGGCCUGCACCCGACCCUGGGCGAGGAUGAGAUCUGGCGCGCCAAGCAGCUCGUGGACAGCGCCUUCCACCCGGACACGGGCGAGAAGAACUUCCUGGCCGGCCGCAUGGCCUUCCAGGUGCCCGGCAACAUGAUCAUCACGGGCUGCAUGAUGACCUUCUACCGCUCCACGCCCGCCGUCAUCUUCUGGCAGUUCAUGAACCAGACCUUCAACUCGAUCGUCAACUACACGAACCGCAACGCCAGCACGGGCGUGAGCCAGGAGCAGCUGCUGCAGGCCUACGCGGCCGCCAGCACGGCCUCCGUGGCCACGGCGCUGGGCCUCAACCGCUGGGUGUCCAAGCGCCCCAAGCUCAGCAACGGCAUCGUGGGCCGCCUCGUGCCGCUCGUGGCUGUGGCUGCCGCCAACUGCGUCAACAUCCCGCUCAUGCGCCAGCGCGAGCUGCUCGGCGGCAUCGAAGUGGAGACCGCGGACGGCCACAAGAUCGGCAAGAGCAAGAAGGCCGCCGUGGAGGCCGUGGCCCAGGUCGUGCCCUCGCGCAUCCUCAUGGCCGCGCCCGCCAUGUUCAUCCCGCCUGUCAUCAUGAACAAGCUGGAGCAGCGCCCCACCUUCCGCAACAACAAGGUCAUCAACGCGCUCACCAUGGUGGGGCUCACGGGCGUGUGCCUCAGCUUCUCCACGCCGCUGUGCUGCGCGCUCUUCCCGCAGCGCAGCUCCAUGCCCGUGUCGUCGCUCGAGCCAGAGCUGCAGGAGGCCGUGUGCCAGCGCACCUUCAAGCAGCACUCGGCCAACGCGGACCCCAUCACGCACGUCUUCUUCAACAAGGGUCUCUAA